CACGUGCCGCGGCCCUCCCGGGCGGUGCUCGACGCGCUCGGCCGCCUGCUGCGGCGCGUGCGGCGGGAGCGCCUGCCCUCCGGCAAGCUGCGCUGCCUCGUCGCCUGCGUGCACGCGCUGCUCAUCGAGAUCACGAGCUGCAGCGAGCGCCGCGGCGGGGCCAUGUCGGGCGACGACCUGCUGCCCAUGCUGGUGCUGCUGGUGGCGCACAGCGGCAUGGCGGCCGCCGAGCUGGAGGCGGAGCUCAUGUGGGGGCUGCUGGACCGCGCAGCGCUCUUCAGCGAGGCCGGCUACUACCUCACCAGCUUCUCGUGCGCCGUGCAGGCCCUCCAGAACCUGCCCCCGCUGACCCCGCCCAGUGACGCAGUGUUGCCGGACUGAUGCCUCCCGCGUGCUGGUGGCGGAGCUCAUGUGGGGGCUGCUGGACCGCGCGGCGCUCUUCAGCGAGGCCGGCUACUACCUCACCAGCUUCUCGUGCGCCGUGCAGGCCCUCCAGAACCUGCCCGCGCUGACCCCGCCCAGUGUCGCAGUGUUGCCGGACUGAUGCCUCCCGCGUGCUGGUGGCGCACAGCGGCAUGGAGGCGGAGCUCAUGUGGGGGCUGCUGGACCGCGCGGCGCUCUUCAGCGAGGCCGGCUACUACCUCACCAGCUUCUCGUGCGCCGUGCAGGCCCUCGAGAACCUGCCCCCGCAGACCCCGCCCAGUGUCGCAGUGUUGCCGGACUGACGCCUCCCGCGUGCUGGUGGCGCACAGCGGCAUGGAGGCGGAGCUCAUGUGGGGGCUGCUGGACCGCGCGGCGCUCUUCAGCGAGGCCGGCUACUACCUCACCAGCUUCUCGUGCGCCGUGCAGGCCCUCGAGAACCUGCCCGCGCUGACCCCGCCCAGUGUCGCAGUGUUGCCGGACUGACGCCUCCCGCGUGCUGGUGGCGCACAGCGGCAUGGAGGCGGAGCUCAUGUGGGGGCUGCUGGACCGCGCGGCGCUCUUCAGCGAGGCCGGCUACUACCUCACCAGCUUCUCGUGCGCCGUGCAGGCCCUCGAGAACCUGCCCCCGCAGACCCCGCCCAGUGUCGCAGUGUUGCCGGACUGACGCCUCCCGCGUGCUGGUGGCGCACAGCGGCAUGGAGGCGGAGCUCAUGUGGGGGCUGCUGGACCGCGCGGCGCUCUUCAGCGAGGCUGGCUACUACCUCACCAGCUUCUCGUGCGCCGUGCAGGCCCUCGAGAACCUGCCCGCGCUGACCCCGCCCAGUGACGCAGUGUUGCCGGACUGAUGCCUCCCGCGUGCUGGUGGCGGAGCUCAUGUGGGGGCUGCUGGACCGCGCGGCGCUCUUCAGCGAGGCCGGCUACUACCUCACCAGCUUCUCGUGCGCCGUGCAGGCCCUCCAGAACCUGCCCGCGCUGACCCCGCCCAGUGUCGCAGUGUUGCCGGACUGAUGCCUCCCGCGUGCUGGUGGCGCACAGCGGCAUGGAGGCGGAGCUCAUGUGGGGGCUGCUGGACCGCGCGGCGCUCUUCAGCGAGGCCGGCUACUACCUCACCAGCUUCUCGUGCGCCGUGCAGGCCCUCCAGAACCUGCCCGCGCUGACCCCGCCCAGUGUCGCAGUGUUGCCGGACUGAUGCCUCCCGCGUGCUGGUGGUGCACAGCGGCAUGGAGGCGGAGCUCAUGUGGGGGCUGCUGGACCGCGCGGCGCUCUUCAGCGAGGCCGGCUACUACCUCACCAGCUUCUCGUGCGCCGUGCAGGCCCUCCAGAACCUGCCCGCGCUGACCCCGCCCAGUGUCGCAGUGUUGCCGGACUGAUGCCUCCCGCGUGCUGGUGGUGCACAGCGGCAUGGAGGCGGAGCUCAUGUGGGGGCUGCUGGACCGCGCGGCGCUCUUCAGCGAGGCCGGCUACUACCUCACCAGCUUCUCGUGCGCCGUGCAGGCCCUCCAGAACCUGCCCGCGCUGACCCCGCCCAGUGUCGCAGUGUUGCCGGACUGAUGCUGCCCGUGCCCCCGCAGACCCGGCGGCACUGAGCCUGUACUCGCGCCCAGUGUUGCCAGACUGAUGCUGCCCGUGCCCCCGCAGACCCGACGGCGCUGAGCCUGUACUCGCGCCCAGUGUUGCCGGACUGAUGCUGCCCGUGACCCCGCAGACCCUGCGCCACUGAGCCUGUACUCGCGCCCAGUGUUGCGGUGUUUCCAGACUGAUGCUGCCCGUCCACCGCAGACCCUGCGGCACUGAGCCUGUACUCGCGCCCAGUGUUGCAGUGUUGCCAGACUGAUGCUGCCCGUACCCCCGCAGACCCCGCGGCGCUGAGCCUGUACUCGCGCCUAGUAUUGCAGUGUUGCCAGACUGAUGCCUCCCGCGUGCUGUACGCAGUGCUCCCGGAACAAAAACACGUGUUUUGGAAACUAAUCAAUAUAUCCGAGUGGGGCCUGUUACUAAAAGCAUUUAAGAAUUGCCUACUUCAGGGCAGAUGAGUAGUUUUGUUUCCGGAUUAAGCUUUUUAAUCUGUGUUUUUUAGAGAGAAAAAAACGCAUAAAACAACAGGUAAAGAUUCUUGAAACCACUUAAGGGUCAUGCAUUACACCUUUAUCUAAUGCUAGAGUUCACCGCUCAAAUUUCAUAGUUGCUCUAUGCACGACGAGAAGACUGCACUCCAGUGCAGAGUCUUGCGCUUAGAGGCGACACCGCGCUAGAAACACCAGCGAACGUCGCGCUUAUCAUCCCGCCCUUCUAACUAACACAGAUACACACCUGACUAGGUGGGCCCCUUAAACCUAAAAUUAAUAUUUUGUAUAUGUUCGAUUAAAUUAUAGUAAAUAUUGAUAUUUUAUCAAUUUUACCAUUUGGUGAUAUUUCUAACAUCAUAAAGUAGUAACUUUUGAUAGUAUUAUUACAGUUGGAUACAUCCUGAAAGA